AUGGACUCGGAACCAGUGUUUGUUCUCCCAGGGGACGAGAUAGAUGCAUCGCUGGUGCCGUCACAUCCGAAGAAGCCUCUACGAUUAGGGCCCGGCCUCCGCCAUGUGCCGCCCAACGACAUCCUCCCGACGCUGGCUGGCCAGCUCGUCACCGACAGGCAAAAGAAUGCGAUUCGCGUCGAGACAGCGGGUGGACGAUAUGUCCCACGCGUUGGAGAGCUAGUAAUCGGCACGGUAAACAAGAGCGCUGCGGAAGUCUACUACGUCUUCCUGUCCGACUACACAGCCCCGGUCCUCCUCCCACAACUAUCUUUCGAAUCUGCGACGAGGAAAACGCGCCCGAUACUCGCACCAGGGGCUCUUGUCUACGCUCGCGUUAGUCUCGCCAACAAGCACAUGGAUGCCGAGAUCGAGUGCGUCUCUGCCACGACGGGCAAGUCGGAGGGCUUGGGACCUCUGAACGGCGGCAUGCUCUUCGACAUUUCUCUCGGCAUGUCGCGGAGACUCAUGAUGCCGCAAACAGCCCGGGAUGGCAAGGUGGUCGUGCUGGACGAAUUCGCAAACCUGGGUCUUCAGUUCGAGACUGCCACUGGCAGAAAUGGCAAGUUUUGGGUCGACAGCGAGAACACAAAGACCGUAAUCGCGGUGGGCAGAGCCAUUUGCGAGACGGACGAGAAGAGGCUCGACGUGGAGGACCAGAAGAAAUUAGUCAAGAGGUUAAUAAAGGAACUCAGCUGA